UUCCAGCCUAGGAUUAUCAGUCACCCCCUUCUUCUUCCUCUGCCAUUUUCAGCCUUCUAAUUCUGAUAAUGGAAAAUGCCCGCGAUCAGUUUGAUAACAGGAAGAUGACUGGUUCAUCAGUUAAAGAAAUCAUUAAUGUCCAUGGAGAUCGAGAAUCAAUGAAGGAAGAAGAUUCACACAGACAUUUCUCAGAGUUAUCGUCUUCAAAGACCAGAGAGCUUCAUUUCGCUAAGAGGGACAUCGGCCGUCUUAAGGAGAUCAAACGGGUUGCAGAGACAACAACAGCUCAUGCUGAAUCCGACCUAUUCAAUGCGAAGAAGACGGUUAGUGAUUUGACUUCGGGAAUCCAGGAAAUCAAUUUCAGGACCAAGUUUCAGAGGAAACGCGACAACAACUCCAAUGGGGGUCGGCGAUACGCAGAAAUCAUGAAUGAAUUGGAGCAAGUGAAGCGUGAACUUAGCAAACUCAAGCUAGACAUGGCGGUCAUCUUGGAGGAGAAGAAUAGAGCAGAGAAAACGUCCCGAGAUGCUUUGCUGAAGAUGAAAUCCAACUCGACCUCCAUGGAAACCAUCCGAAGAGAGAUUGAGUUUGUUAAUGAAGAACAGGUUCUAGUGGAAUUGGCUAGGAUUGAGGCUGCCAAAGAAUUGGCAGCCAUUGAAUCUCAAAGGAAAGAAGAAGAAGCCAGAUUAUCAGCAAAAGUAGAGGAUAAGAGAAAGAAAAUGGCUGAAAUGUCCAGAGAAAUCGAGAGCUCGAAGGAGGUUGAAGCAAAGCUAGCGAUCACUACGUCCGACAUCAAUAUGUUGCAGACUCAGCUUGAAUUGGUGAGGGAAAUGGAUAAAAUGGAGAGUUUAGGAGAGGAAAAGUCGACAGAGAUGAAGUCGGUUUCUGAAGAACUUGAGGCUGCAAAGAAAGAGCUUGCUUCUGUAAAAGCAGAAGGGUUUCAGUUCAUGACAUCCAUGGAUAUUAUCAGAGAUGAACUCAAGCAUGUCAUGGAAGAAAUCGACCGCCUGAAGAAAACAGAAGACAAGGCAGAUUUAAAGAUUCAGAAUUUGAAUUCAAAGCUCAUAAGAGCGAAAGGGAAGCUUGAAGUUGUGACAUCGGCAGAGGAGAAGACCAAAUCGCUUGUUUCGAACCUCGCAGUCACCCUCGAACAAUUGAGAACCGAAACCGAGGCAGCGGAGAAAGAGAGAGAUCUAGUAAACGAAGAAACAGAAAACAUCAAGGCCGAGAUUCAGAAAUCAGAGGCUGAUAUAGACUUAACAGAGGUAAGAUUGCAGGCUGCGAUUCAAGAACUUGAAGCUGUUAAAACAUCGGAAGCUAUGGCUUUGGAGAAUCUAAAACACCUUGUGGAGAGUUCAAUGAGAUCAAGAGCUUCCACUUCAAAGCAAAGUUCGGAGAUAACAAUUUCGAAUUUGGAAUACGAGUAUUUAACAGGGCGAGCCAAGGGAGCAGAGGAAAUAGCUGAUAAGAAAGUUGCAGCUUCUCGGGCAUGGAUCGAAGCACUAAAGGCGAGCGAGAAAGAGAUGGUAAUGAAAACCGAGAUGGCUCAAAAGAAUGUUAAUGAAAUGAGGGCUAAAGAGGAGAAUGAAACCAGCAAAACUUUGAAGUCUCUUACAGCUACGAAAAUGGUUGAAGAAGAAUUAUGGAAUUGGAAAGAGCAAUCUGAGAAGAACGUUGAAUUGGGAAAACGGAGAUCCUCGGUGAACAUGACACCUGCUAGAAGGGCGAGGUUUCGAAAGGUUUCUUCACCUGGUUUUCGAGUAAUGCCGAGAUCUAAUUCAACCGUGGCUAGGCGGAAGAAAAAUGGUAUUCCCCAUUUGACAAGGUUGUUCAGUGGGAAGAGUGGAGAGCAAGAAUGAGUCUUGAUACAUAUGAAUUCAGAUCAAAAUGAAAAACCUGUCAAUAAAUUUAUGAGUUUGAUAAGAGAUCAAAUGUUUAUAUUGGAGACAAUGAAUUUGGGGUUAUAA